UUCUUUGUUUUGUUUUUUCAUAUAUUUUGAGACAGGUAUCAUUUCAUUUGCUGACAAUUUGUGUUUCUUUCGUGUCUCUCACCUCUUCGAGUUUAGUUGCUGGCUUUCCUCGUCUGACAACCUGAUCUGGAUAUUCGUCGCUUUUGUGGCUUUCAUUGAAGUUCUCAAUAUCUUGAUACUCGUACGAGUCAUAAAGGAGAUGAGCAAUUUGUUGCAGCCGAUAGGGGAAGAGAAUCAUUCUCAGCAAAUACGAAUUAGCAUCAAAGCAUGCGUGGUAAUGAUUCCCCUGCUGGGUGUCACAUGGGUAUUCGGUCUCCUUUCGCCUGUACAUAAAGCUUUCGCUCACAUCUUCACCGUACUUAACUCUGCUCAGGGUUUCCUGAUUUUCGCUCUACACUGCAUGCGAAACAGUCAGAUCAGAGAGGGAUUCAAAGGAAAGAUGAAUGUCGUUUUUCCAUCUGCUAUAAAGAACAACUCAACAAGUUUGAAUUGAAAUCGCUCGUAACUUAAAUAAUUGGAUCCAGCCAACCGGAAAUGACAGUCAAUUACUUAGUACAAUCACUAAGUUAACAGCAAUAAGUAGGCUACGAUCGGUCUGACUUGCGAUCUGCAGCUAAAAAGAGGUCUUUCUUUUUAUUAAUGUUUAAGCACUCAACCAGUUCAGUGUAAUUGUAACCUAUCUUCUUUAUGAUUAUAAGCUUAUUUUCUAAGCGAUCAUAUAUUUGUAGGCAAGAUUCAUCGAAGUAAAUCAAUCCAUAAAUUUAAAUUUCUAAUAGCUCAGUAUCUUGAUGACUUUCCUUCGAAUAAGACCACAGUCUACUACAGAUGAGGCGGGAAUUCAUGUCAAGAUAUCACGAAUUGUCUUUCUUUAAGAAGCACUCUAGCACGCACCUUUAAUUGAACGUAUUUAUCUUUUGAUUCUUACGCGCCAACUUUCUGCGCUUACCGCAUGAUUAUUUCAUAUUCGACGUUUCACUUAUUGAGUUUACAAACUUCUCACCAAACGCUGUUAUUACUUUUAACAAUGAGCUAUAUGGAUAAUAACUUAAAGUAUAAGUUUCUAAAAAUUUAGAGAAUGCCUAGUCAUGCUGAAAUGCAUACCAAGGAACUUUCUGAAGCAUUUUACUAGGUUACUUAGUUAUGAUACAACACUUUGUCUACCAGUAUGGUUGUGUUGUAAGUGUCCGGAAUUUCCAAGAAUACUUUGUAAAUAAGGACUCGGUUGUGCAACAGUAAUGUUGUUGUCGGGAGUGACUGACUUUUCAGAAGGCUAUACCGAGAGAGAGGUACUGUGGAAAAUUGUUAAUUUUGAGGCACUUUGGAGACAACUGUGAGAUUGUGUCAGUGGUGAGCUAAGAAAUAGUUUAUGGUGGGCUUCAAUCAGUUUAUUCAAGGAUAAUUAUUCUACUUCCUUUUACAGUCGGUCAUUGAUAAAAAUAUUACAAGUUGUUUAAUAAAGUAGUUACGUUUGUUAAUAAAUGAUGCUCUUUCUGUCUGUUAAAUUGUACCGUAACAAGUAAUACUAAUAGUCUUACCAGCUAGCGCUGACAUUCAAAGUUGCUGUGUAAUGAAUAAGUAGAUGAAUACGUAAAUGUUUGAAUAAAUAAACAACCAAUUUAAAAGGAACAGAAAAAAA